AUGUCGAGUGCGGAUGAUGGUGAACGUGGGGGCACUGCAGCUGCACCCUCGCGCGCAACCUCCGCCGUCCACUCACCUGCCGACCACUCCCAUCAUUCUUCGGCCUCUACAUCACAGCCCUCUUCCACUCUUGACGAUACAGACUUCUCGACCUGGUCAAGCAGCUUGGGAUCUCAUACCGUAAAUACCUUUUCCACCAGCCAGUCGCCCGCCUAUUUGUUCUCGACCGACACCUCCAUUAACACCGGUGCCCAUAUCUCCCAAGCUACAAAAGCCGCAGAUUCCAGCCUCAGUCCCAACCUGGAUCUCUCCACCCCAGACGUCCUUGCUCGCAAUGAGUCGCUGUUACGGGACGCCGUCUUCCCCGAGUGGAAGGACGAUACCCCUUCCUCCGUCCUCGACAGUCCAGAAGAGAUGCAGAAGAAGGACCCUCUAGGCACUCAGAUAUGGAAAUUGUAUAGCCGGACCAAGUCUCGCCUCCCCAACCAGGAGCGCAUGGAAAACCUGACUUGGCGGAUGAUGGCUAUGAAUCUACGCCGGCGAGAGCAACAGCAAGCAGCAGCAAAACAAGCACAGUUCAAAAGCCCUACUCCUCCUUCCUCGGGUCCUAGUGGCAUAGCACAGCAGCUCCGCAAGUCCGUGGACAAGUCUGCCGAAUUCGAGCAAACCACAGAUCCUAUGAACCUCGACGACUUUAUAGUGCCGAGCUCGGUCGCCUCUCCAGCAGGGAUAACGUCUCCUGCUCCGUCAGAGACGGUCGGCCGAUCAAUGAUGGCACAGGCCCCUCCUAUCCCCAUUGCUUCCCGUAACAAACCCCAAGUCCAGAUUCCCAAGAAUCUACCCCCGUCGUCAAUGCCUCAGACCUCUAUCCCAACACACCGGACAUCAGAAUUUGAGUACGUGAAGAAGAGGGUCCGCAAGACGAGCAUUGACGAGAGGAGGGGUAACCGCAAGCGUCCGGCAGAAUUCUCUCCUCAAGUACCUCCUCUACCUGCACCUCAUGCUACCAACGGUACCGAAAUGGACACUGGUGUACCUGAUUACGCGCUUGAUCAAUCAUCAGCAGCCCAAUUCCCGGGCCAACCUAGCUUUCCAGGGUCAAUGUCUCUUCACCUAGAUUCUUUCCACCUGAGCGACGACCCAAUUCUAACAUCUGCUGGGCCAUUCCAACAAAACUUUGCAUUUUCCCCCGCCGCCUCGCCCAUGGUCACCAACGGGCCGUUCUCGAAUGUGUAUACGCAAUCAUCAAUGGCUUCGUCCUUAAACUCGGCGGACUUUUAUUCCCCGCCUCAAUCCGGCUAUGCUUCUGCUGUUUCAACGCCCCAGCCGGGCCACGAAGUAGAUGGUCAGGGAUUUUACUUUGACCAUAGUGGCCACACACGGACCAUGCCUUUUUACCCAUCCCACCGAGGGAACCAUUUGAUGACCCCCUCGGCACCGCAGUUUGCGUACGGAUCCAACAAUGAACAGGUGUAUUCCCUUAUGAAUGGGGUAGCUUCGACACAGACGGCAACUGGGUUUUCGAUGCAGCAACACGUUGAUCCUUCUCGGGUGCUGGUGCCGGAAUAUGGACGACGAGUCUCUCCAGGAAUUUCUGUGGCGGGAAAUGACAACUUGUUCCAGUUCGGCGCCGAUUCUGACGCGGAAGACGAGGACGCCAAUUUCGCAAUGAUCCAAUCUGAAUAUGGCCAGAUUAGUGACCCAACAUUGGACCUAAACUCGGGUUUGCAGUGGGAUCCCAAUGUUGCCGAUUACAGUAGCAUGCAGCGAUUCGGCAGCGCUCCGGGGAAACAGGUGAGAAUUGGAGGAGCGGAAAUGGUCAAUUCUCCUCCGGAUUGGGGUUCGUCGAUGCUCAGUCGCACACAUGGUUCAGCUGCCUCAAUCAGCGACAUUCGGAAUCGCGACCAAGAUCCCAGGAGACAGAAGAUUCCUCGAACAACUUCGACUCCAGCUCUAUCCAACCAGCAUAUGCAGUCUAGUGGUAGUUCGCCCGGUGAGUCUGGCUUUAGCAGUCGACAACCAUCGAGACCAGGCAGCCCUGGACCUAAGAACACGGAUCAAAAUGGUGUUCCAACGACCUGCACCAACUGUUUUACCCAGACUACACCUCUCUGGCGUCGAAACCCAGAAGGUCACCCGUUGUGCAAUGCGUGUGGAUUGUUUCUCAAACUGCAUGGUGUUGUGCGCCCUUUGUCGCUAAAGACCGAUGUCAUCAAGAAGCGAAAUCGUGGUAGCGGAAAUACGGUGCCCAUAGGGUCUACGGCCACCAGAGCAUCCAAAAAAGCCUCUCGUAAGAAUUCAGUGCAGCAGACACCAGCAACUACACCGACUUCUGGCAAUGCUGCCAGCGAGCAGAAUUCGGCAUCCCCGUCUUCUGUGCAGGGCUCUGUGCACUCGGGAUCGGCUGUGACGACACCCACCAGCUAUCCACCUGGCACCACUGGAGGGAAACCUGGGGUCGUACCAAUUGCCGCGGCGCCACCCAAGCCACCUGUUCAGCCUGGUCCCAACAUGACCAGACCGGUUCAGGUGACACCGAAACGCCAGCGACGGCAGUCACGGGCGUCAACCAACACAUUGCCCAUUAUACCCGGAAGCAGUGGUCCGACAAAUGAGGCGGAAAUGCACGACACUAGCCAGUCGACCCCCAGGGUCACUCAAGCCCCCGUUACCCGGGCCAAGGCGGCCAGUAUGUCUUCGACCGCAGGAGCCACCACAAUGGCAUCGGUAAUGCAGGGAGGUCUGCUCAACUCCGGUGUUGCGAACAUGGGUAGCGGUCCGCAUGGGAACAGCCAAGAAUGGGAAUGGCUGACUAUGAGUUUGUGA